UAUCGCAUGUCAAGCAAACCAAAGAGCAUUUGUCAACAGUGUUUAGGUUAAUAUUUUCAUUACAGUUUAUUACUUCGAAAUAUUGGAUGUAAUACAAUAAUAAACGUAGAUACGUGAAAUUAAAAUUGUAAAAAUAUUUGUGUAUACAGUGAAAAUAAUGGCUAGAUAUUCGAGUGAUUCUGGUUCCGAUAGAAGUAGUAAACAUCGUCGUAAACGCUAUCAUAGAUCAAGAUCAAGUAGUUCGGAUUCCAGUGAUAGUUCUUCACAUCGAAAGCGAUCUUCAAAAUACUCCAAAUCCCGUCAUCGUUAUAAAUCUCGUUCAAGAAGUCGUGAUAAUCAAAGAUCUUCUAAGAGCUACAGAUUCUCUCCAGGAAGUUCAAAAGACAAGGAUAGAUCACGAUAUAAAUCUCGUAGAUCUAAAUCUCGUUCCCCAGAUCGAAUGAAAAAGAAAACUAGAUCAGUGUCAAGAGAAAAAUCAACCAGUCGAUCCAGUAGUUCUCAAUCAUUCAUAAAAAUAUCUUCAGAAAAAACUCCAAGCGUUAUUGUAAAAGAUGAAUUUACGAUUGAACCCAGAAUCAAAGAAAGUAUCUUAGAGGAAAUAAAUGCAGACGAAUUCGUUCCGAAAAAAUUCACUUCGUCUGCUCAGUCAAAAAAUAAUAAGAAAGAAAGCAAAAGCAUUGUUAUUGACAUCACAGCUGAAACUAUCCAAGUACCACCAGUCCCUAAUCUAUCCGUCAUUUCUGAUAGCAUUUUUCAUACUUCUAUUCUAAUGGAUCAAGAAGCCCGGUUUGAUAAAUGGGUUAAAAAAUUAUAUAAUUUAAGGCAGAAAGCUAUGUCAGAUUUAAUGUCCAGCACAAUUUGAAGACUCUUAAUUCAUCAUAAAUGGAAGGGAACAGGAUUCCAUCAAAAACGUGUAUGCGUUAAUUCAAAAUAUUUAUUUCACGAGAUUUCAUCGAAUAAUUACAGUAGUAUCUCUUAAAGAUCCGAUAAUUUUGGGCUCUCGAAUACUUUUAAGUAAGGAUUAAAAUGAGUUUGCAAAAAUUUAUUGAAAUUGAUCCUCUGAGAGAUUCUACUUUAAUUAUUAGAGAACAAACCUUCUUUCUAUAUGUGCUUAAUUAAUAAAUGUAUAUAAGUAUUAGAUUCUGUAAUUAAAAAUGUAAGCUGUUAAUAGAACAAGUAAUGGAUUGAAUAAAAACAUAUAUUUUUAAUGAUCAA